UAAGACCUUUCAGCUUGCUUAGUAUGAAAACUCACUUUGACUUUGAAAGGCUCAGGUCCAUUCUGUGCAGAUUUUCUGUGUUUUAGGGGGGAUGGAAAUCCCAAUCAUACUAAAUUGGUGAAAAAAAUGUACCCUUUCUAGUGUACAGCAUUGUAUUGGCAUCAAUGUUUUCUUCUGAUUUGCUAAUAUCAGCACAGUGCUGGCCUCAGGGGCAUACAGGCUGGUGCAGACGCAGGCACAGAAAGUGUAGUGAGUGUCAGCAUUAGAUUGCAGCCUGGCUGAGUGCUGAUUUGUGAAUUCAUGAAAAGGACCUACAAGUGCCCUUCUUCACUGAAAACCUAAGAUGUCACUUUGCAACAGUGGAACAUUCCUGCACUUCAGCAUAAAGGAUGCGAACAUAGAGGUGGUGUUACUUGGAAAUGGAAAAACAACACUUUGAUACUGAGGGACAGUGCAUGCUGCUGUAAAGAAUUAUCUAACUGGAUGUGUCUUCUUGAUUUCAUCAAAAACAGCAUGAAAUUGUUUUUAAAAGUUGCAGCUCAAUACAUCUUUGAAAAAUAGGUAUUGUUGAACACUUUUUUCUGUUUUUCUGCUAGUCUCACCUGCAUAAAUGAGAGACUUUUUUUUAUCUACUGCCAUUGAAGAUAAAAAAGCUGUGAAUGUAUUAUGUAUUAUUCUCUAUCAAGAUAUCAUAUGUUCAAUAUUAAGGUGUUAAACACACUUCAAAUUGAAAGAAUCUUGUAGCUUCAUCUAGAAAUUAUCUUGGCAUUUUGUGUCCGUGAGAAACAACUGCAGUAGUUUAUUAUACUCUAUUUGGUAAGGAACAUACUUUGGUUUCUGAGGAACAGCAUGAACAGUACAAAUAAUUAACCUGCACCUAUUUCUAGUUCUUAAAACCUCUGUCACUUUUUCACCCUCCCCCUCCCCCCCACACACAAUUGGGAUUACUGGAGAAGAAAAUUUUUUUGUGGUGCCACUGGCAUAAAAAACUUUUUGGAUGUGUCAUCAGAACACAGGUCUGAAGAGUUAACUUUUUCCACUUUGUUGAAUAACUUUGUGAAAAUAGACGAAUACAUCCAUGUCUCUACACGGGUUUUUAAGGGAAGGACGAGAAGGUCAUUACAGAUUACUAACAAGAGUCAGCCAAACCCUUCGCAAUGUCUCAUCCACAGUACUUCGUUCCCUUCCAAAGAGACACUCGCGAAAUAACGCACAUCGAGCAUGGUCUGAAGAAAUCAUGCAUCAGGAUAUCAUUCCCCUCUGUGCUGCAGAUAUUGAAGACCAGUUAAAGAAGCAAUUUGCCUAUCUGUCAGGUGGUAGAGGGGAAGAUGGUUGCCCUGUUAUCACAUUCCCAGACUACCCAGCUUUCAGCGACAUCCCAGAGAAAGAGUUUCAGAAUGUCCUGACAUAUCUAACUAGCAUUCCAAGUUUACAAGAUGCUGGAAUUGGAUUUAUCCUUGUCAUAGAUCGAAGGCAAGACAAAUGGACCUCUGUGAAAGCCUCCAUACUGCGAAUAGCGGCAUCUUUCCCAGGAAACCUGCAGCUGGUACUUGUUCUGCGUCCAACAGGAUUUAUCCACCGAACUCUCUCAGACCUCGCUUUCAAAUUCAACAGAGAUGAAUUUAAAAUGAAGGUACCUAUCAUAAUGCUGGGCUCAGUAACAGAAUUGCAUGGUUAUAUUGACAAAACACAGCUAACAGAAGACCUUGGUGGCACUUUGGAUUAUUGCCAUAACAGAUGGCUCUCUCACCGCACUGCCAUAGAAAGUUUUGCCCUAAUGGUUAAGCAAACAGCUCAAAUGCUUCAGUCCUUUGGGACCGACUUGGCUGAAACAGAACUACCGAAUGAUGUGCAAUCAACCAGCUUCCUUCUUGCAGCACAUAGUGAAAAGAAGGACAAAAUGAAGGAGGAUUUGAGGUUAGCACUAAAACAGGGACGUGAUAUCCUUGAAAGUAAUAGAAAGCCAGUUACUGAGAACCCAGACUGCAAACUCAACCAAGAUCAGCUUGACAAUCAAACCACUGUGGAAAGGCUUCUGGCUCAAUUAGAUGAAACAGAGAUUGCCUUUGAUGAAUUUUGGGCUAAACAUCAACAAAAGCUAGAGCAGUGUGUACAGCUUCGGAAGUUUGAACAAACUUUUAGAGAGGUCAAAGCAGCUUUAAGUCUUGUGUCCGAGAGGUUAUCUGCUUUCACAGAUGUGGGAAACAGCUGUUCACAUGUGGAGCACAUUCUGAAGGAUUUUGCCAACUUUGAAGAAAAAUCACGUGAAUCCUUAGAAGAAGCUAGGGUGCUAGCUUCUCAAGGUAACCAGCUUGUUCAAAACAACCACUAUGCUGUGGACUCCAUUCUUCCAAAGUGCAAUGAGCUCCACCAUCUCUGUGAUGCAUUUGCUACAGAGACAGAAAAGAGGAGAGGUCGUCUUAACAAAUCUCUGGAACUGCACAGUCUAUUGGAGAAGUCCAUGAGGUGGUGUGAUGAAGGCAUUUACCUGCUAGCAUCACAGCCUGUAGACAAAUGCCAGUCCCAGGAUGGAGCAGAAUCAGCUUUACAGGAGAUUGAGAAAUUCCUGGACACAGGGGGAGACAAUAAAAUCAAGGAACUGAAUAAAGUUUACCAACUAUAUGAACCCAUUCUCAACCAGGACCUAAUGGAACAUGUGCAAAAAGUUUUUCAAAAGCAGGAAAGCAUGGAAGAAAUGUUUCAAAAGAGACAAGUGAGCCUUAAAAAACUGGCAGCUAAGCAGAUGCGUCCAGUUCAGCCAGUGGCACCAAGACCUGAAGUCUUUGUAAAAUCUCCUUGUGUCUCUCCAGGUCUUCGAAGAGGCUCCAACUAUGUGUCCAACACAGAAGAUAACAUGCUCCGGAGAAUGAACUACAGAAGACUAAAAAGUGAAAUGAAUGAAAUCCGUCAAAGCAGAGGUGGAUCUGUGAUGGAUGAUGAAGAAAACCUAGCCGUGUUACGAAGCCAUGUAAUUAAUGAACUUAUUGAAACUGAACGAGCAUAUGUGGAAGAACUUCUAUGUGUUCUUGAGGGGUAUGCGGCAGAGAUGGAGAACCCUUUAAUGAUGCAUCUCAUUUCACCAGGGCUCCUAAAUAAGAAGGAUAUUUUGUUUGGGAAUAUGGAAGAAAUUUAUCAUUUUCACAACAGAAUAUUCUUGAAAGAACUAGAAAAUUACAUAGAAUACCCAGAGCUGGUGGGAAGGUGUUUUCUGGAAAGGAUGGAAGAUUUCCAGAUUUAUGAAAAAUACUGCCAAAAUAAGCCCCGAUCUGAAAGCUUAUGGAGGCAGUUUUCAGACUCUGCAUUUUUUCAGGAAUGUCAGAGGAAACUUGAUCACAAGCUGAGUUUGGAUUCCUACUUACUGAAACCUGUUCAGAGAAUAACCAAAUAUCAGUUACUGCUGAAGGAAAUGCUGAAAUACAGUAAAAACUGUGAAGGAGCUGAAGAUCUGCAGGAGGCAUUAACCUCUAUACUCGGUAUUCUCAAAGCAGUCAAUGAUUCCAUGCACCAGAUUGCCAUUACUGGCUAUGAUGGAAACCUUAAUGAACUAGGCAAGCUUUUAAUGCAAGGAUCAUUCAGUGUAUGGACUGAUCAUAAAAAGGGCCACUCAAAAGUGAAGGAUUUGGCACGUUUCAAGCCAAUGCAAAGGCACCUGUUCCUCCAUGAGAAGGCAGUGUUGUUCUGUAAAAAGAGAGAAGAAAAUGGAGAGGGAUAUGAAAAAGCACCUUCAUACAGUUAUAAGCAUUCCUUAAACAUGACAGCUGUUGGGAUAACAGAGAACGCUAAAGGUGACUCAAAGAAAUUUGAAAUCUGGUAUAAUGCGAGGGAAGAAGUUUACAUCAUUCAGGCGCCAACCCCUGAAAUUAAAGCUACCUGGGUAAAUGAAAUUAGAAAAGUGUUAACUAGCCAACUGCAGGCAUGCAGAGAAGCUAGUCAGCACAGAACACUAGAACAGACACACAGUUUACCUAUACCUGCCUCAACUUGUACAAGUCCUUCAAGGAAUCAGGGAAGAACUGUCAAACUAGAAGAGAGAAAAACUGAUCCCACAAGUCCAGAAGGUUGUGUCACUUCAGUAGCACCGAAGUACCCCGAGAAAGGCAAAGAUGAUACAGUAAUUAGUUCUACCUCAGAAUGCUCUGCACUGUCAAAAAAGCGCUUUACACUUCAGGGCUUUACUAACCUGAAAAGUCAGAAAGAAACUCCAUCUCCUACUGCUAAAAACCAGACAUUGCCAAUGAUCCUUCUGACAGGACCAGCUUCUCCUACCAGCCCUGACAAAAAAGCUAAACGACAUGAAGUAAAGAGUGAUCCAACUCCUUUUGGUUUAAGAGGUUGGGCUAAAACAUCUCAUUCACUUGAUGUCUCAGAAGAAAAUGAUGGUUGGUCUAGUGCUGAGGACCCACUUAAUUCAUCAGAUGCAGAGGAAGAAGAAGGAGAAGGUGGAGGAGAGAUGAAGCUGAAUCCUGGUAAAUACACUGUUGUGACUGAUUAUGAGAAAAGAGGUUCUGAAGAUCUUGCAGUGAAAAGUGGAGACCUCGUUCAGCUGAUCCGUGAAGGGGAGGACAGACUUUGGUAUGUGAAGAACCUGAGCACUGGGAAAGAAGGUUUGGUGCCAGCCAACAAUUUAUUGAUGCUCAUUGGCAACUCAAAAUCAGCUCAGUCUUUAAGCAGUUCUGAAUCAGGCACUGGAUGCAGUACUUUGAGUUCAUCAUCAAGUUACAAUGAAAGUUGCAAUGCUGGCAGCACCAGCUUCUGAGACAUCAAGGACUAAUGCUAAUGUUUCCCCAAGUCACCUGUGAACUUCCAGCAUCUUGUGCAGACUUUUGAACGUUGGACUGAAAUGGAGAUCCAGCAUGUGUGCGUUGCCUGUCUCAUGUUUUAAAUGGUGAUUUACAGAGCUAUCCCUAGGAAGAGCUCAGUGAAAAGUAUGUGGAGUUUGAGAUUAUAAAGAAAAGUAAAUUAUCUGAAAUGGGAUCUUCUAGAAGCUUCUGAUCUGAAGUCUGAAUCUCAAAGCAAGUUUUCCCAUGGAUAUUGCCAUCAAAUUUCUACAGACACACCAUUUAACCACAACCAGAAGAACAGGAUGAGACAGGAAUGUGUUCCUCUGUGAUAAAUCCUAUUGUAAAAUAAUGAAAUAAAAAAUAAUUGUAUAAUAUAGAAAUAAGGAUAAGAAAUCUGAGUUUAUAGUUCUCUUCCAAAAACCUUCCUGUAAGGAUACUUCUGAGUUAAUGCAGUAUAUGGAGUCUCUUUUACAAUAACCGGGAAUUAAAUGUAGGUCCAGCCAUUAUCUUGUCUUGAAUUUUUAGCACUGUGCUUUCUGCAGUAAAAUGCAUCUUCACAGGCUGUGGUGCAAAAGAAAUGGACAAUUCACUGACCACAAUAGCAUGAAAAGAAAAGACUAUUUUAUCUUUUCUAGCAUUUUUUACUGUGUCUAUUUUACUGUGUGGCCAUUUUUGAGGUAUUUUGGCCUCUGAACUAAGUUCUUUACCAAGAAUCACUGUGUUUACGUAACAUUGGCAAUUUAAUAGCAUCUUUGAUACAAAAUUAUUUUUCAUUACUAAGGUACACAUUGAAACAUAAAAUGUUUGUAUUACUUAAGUGAUUUCUUAAUGAUUUGUAAAUCAAUGUGGUUGUCUUCAGCUCUAACAGUUAGUUAGAAGAUGGUUACAGGCAAAUGAAACUAUGCCAGCUACACUAUAUAGCUUAAGAGCUUUCCUAAUGCUGAAGAUUUAUUGUGAGGAUUAGAAACCUGAACCUUUUAGCUAAGGAUGUAUGUUUGUAGAUUUACUCAAAAGGAUGGAAAAAUCUAAACAAUUGUGUAUUUUUUCUAUAAAAUGGGAGGGUGAGGGCAAUUACUUUAUUUUAAAAAAAAUCUGGACUUCGUUGUGGACAAAUAUUUUAAAUCCUUUUUUCAAAGGGAGGGAAAUCAUAAACAUACAGUUUUUCAGGGUAUAAUGUAAAUGCUGUAAAUUAUCACCUCCUCAGAUAUUCUUUGCAGUUCAGCCUUACAAAUGCAAACAGUGUAUCAACUUUCAUUUUUUUUUUGCUUAUUCUGGAAUAUCAUUUUUUCCUGGUCCGUGUACUGUAUUACUUAAAAUAAUCUGGAGUGUUGAGGGCUAGAUUUUCAGAAGCACUGAGUGCAGUGAGCUGCUAUUGCAAUCAAUGGGAACUGCUGGUGCUCCGCACCUAGAAGUCUAACCGAAUAUAAGAAAUCUUGAUUUUACACUCUAUCAUGCGAACAGCUAAAAGAGAAAUGCCUCAAAAGAAUUAUCUUAGUUUUCUAGUUAUCAGAAGCGAUUCCUGUCCCAGUUACAAUCAAAAUGCAGCUGGCUGUGGCCAGUGCAUAAAUGUAUGUAUAAAUGUGUGUGUGUGUGUGUGUGUGUGUGUGUGUAUGUAUAUAUAUAUCUAUAUAUAUAUAUCUGUGUAAAAGAAGUAUUUAUAGUAUUCAUGCUGCUGAAAAUGUGUCACUUUACAAUUCAUAAAUACUUAAGUUUCUUGCAAUACUGCAGUAUGAAGGCUGGUCAGGGUUUUUACUUUAUGCAUCAUUUCCAAAAAAGGAUUCAUCUGUUCCUUCUUAAAUAUCCUAUACAAAACUGUGCUGGCCAGGACUGUUUAGCCUAUGUGAUAAUGAAAUAGCAAUGCGCAGAAAUAUUGGUUUGCCUUCUUGUUUGUAAGUUAUUUUGUAAAUGAUCUGUAACAUAAUUUACUUUCACAGUCCUAUAAUGAGACUGUGUUCUUUCAGCUAUCUCAUUGCCACAUCCUUUCCAUUAUUUUUGUGAUCUUAUACACACCAUUGCACUUUAAUACAGCACAUUUCAUUGUUUCCUUUUCUACAGCUGUUGUAAAUUAUAAGUACAAAAUCAGAGGUCUUUAUUGGAUGUAUGAAAGUUUGAUGAAUAAAUUUCAGCAUUUCUUGCUGGAUGUCCUCAA